AUGUCAUUGGUGGAACUACUGCAAGAGAUAGACAAGUUAGCAAAAGUAAUUAUUCAAAAGAAUCAAGAGCUAGAUAAUCUAAAGAAGGGGUACAAUGAGAGAUUGAAGGCAAUCAACAGUUUCAUUUCCACCCUACAUCUUGACCAAACAGAUGAGAGAAUCACACUGGACGAAUUUGCUCGAGAAAUCGGUAAAGAAAUAUCAUGUCCUAAUUGCAACCACACCAUAUACAAUGGCGAAGCAGACGACUUUAUCCUUAUACCAAAGAGACAAGUAGAGUACUUGUCGUCGGGGGGAGAUGUUGCCAAGCCGGCGGCCGAACCUGCCCCUCUUCCGCAAAUGAAAUUGAGCCAAAAAUCAAAGAGAAAAGCUCAUAUAACAUGCUCAUUUUGCAGAGAGCAAGGCCAUACUAGAGCGAACUGCAAGAAGCGACUUGGGACGACGAACUGA